CACGGAAUAACCGUUCAUGGCUGCUUACUCCUAUUACUGCCAGCUAGAUUACAGCUGGAUUAUAGCUGUAAUACAGCUCAUCAACUUCAUCCUCCUAUGUCUAUAAAUACAACAUUAGGUGUUAGUUUAAUUUUUAGUUUUUGUAAUUGAAAACUCAUUCAAUAUAAUUGCAGUUUCUAGUUUGUUUUCUGAUAUGGUAUCAAAGCGGGUCUGGCUCGGGUUCUUAAUUUGCCGGUUGUCCGUCUGGAUGUCCAGUCCCAGCGGCUCGGUCCGGUAUUGCCGCUGCGUAUUAAAUCAAAAAUUUCAGUGGGUCUGGCCCGGAUUCUUAAUUUGCCGGUUGUCCAUCUGGAUGUUCAUUCCCAGCGGCCCGGUCCGGUGUUGCCGCUGCUUGUUAAAUCAAAAAGUUUCAGUUUCAGGGGGAGUCAAUUUCAAGUGACAGCCGGAUGUGCAGUCCCGGUUGCACUUGAGGGGGAGUGUUAAAGAUAAUCCCACAUUGUUUAGGAGAACAAACGAGCCCGGGAGUUGGUGUUGCCGCCGCGUUUUCGAUCGUUGUUGUUCUUCGUUGUAUCCAAGUGAUCCGGAUUGAUUUGAUUGUUGUUCUCCGUUGUAUCCAAGUGAUCCGGAUUGAUUUGAUUGAUAUUCUUUUGAUUGGUUUUGUUUGAAUUUAGAUUGAUUGUUCGUCGUUAUUCAUCGACUCUGUUCUUGUUUGGAGCUGCAUCAAUGGCUGCUCAGAUUCCAAAUCGAUUAUUCGGUUCAAUACUAUCGAUUACUCGUGAUUUCAGGUUCUUUUUUUAUCAAAUUUGAUAAGUUUCAAUUCAUUAUCGGUUCAAUUUCAAAUUUCAAAUGUUUUGAUUUCAGUUCAUUGCUUUAUCAGUGACUGAAUUACAAUCUCAGCUUCGUUCAAUUUCAGUUUUCUCUUAUCAAUUCACUGUUUGUUCUCUUCAAAAAGUUUGAAGAAAUUAUGAUUUCUUAUCUUUGUUGCUGUCAGUUUUGACAAGCUUAGUUUUCAUUCCAUUUGAAUCCUGUUCAAUUUGAGUUUGUAUCACUGAUAUCAUUCUCAAAAUCAUUGAUAUAUUUCUGGAAAUAUAAAGUUUGGUGAUUAAGUUGAUUUAGAAAUUCAAAGUUCCUACUGUUUUUAAGAGAAGUGAAGGUUUUAAUAGAACACAUUGAAAAAGCAAAUGAUCAGUUAUGUAGCAAUUUGUUGCAAGUAUUGACGGUGUAAUCAUUUUAAUUUUGUAGAAAUACUAGUUGAUGAAAGUUCAUAAGGUUUUUUGAUCUCAGAUGAUUCAUUUGUGAGGAUAGAUAAUUUUUCUAGUAAUGCUCAUCAAGUGUUUGGUAGAAUUCCUAAAUGGGAAUGAAGAAAUCUGCUACUACUUCUUCACUUGAUAAGGGAUAUUGUUGCUCAUCAUGAUAAAUUGUCAAUGUAUCAAUGGAGGAUCACAUCUCCAUGAUUUUAUUUGGCAAGAUAUUAGAGUUGGUUUUGCUUUGUAUUGGUAUGAAAAGCUAAAGUGUGAUGGGUUGCAUUAUUCAUGCUCUGGGCAAUUUGUUACACAAGUAAAUAUUCUUGCAUCAGAAUGGAUAUAUAUAACUUUGAAGAGAAAGUGUCAUUCUAGUUUGGCUGAAGAUUUCAUGAUGCCUGCAAUCCAGCAAGGUGUUGGCCAUGAGAAUUGUCAUGCAAGCUCUGCUGUUCCAAGAGCUGAAGUUGUUGUCUUAUCAAGCUCGGCAUAUUUGAUAGCUAUGCCUAGCUUGAGGGGGGUAACACGGAAUAACCGUUCAUGGCUGCUUACUCCUAUUACUGCCAGCUAGAUUACAGCUGGAUUAUAGCUACAAUAAAUCAUGGAAUUUCAAGUUCAUUUUUGGACAAAGUGCGGUCAGAUGCAGAGCAAUUCUUUGGGCUUCCGUUGAAGGAGAAGCAGAAAUAUGGUAGAGAAGGUGACAGCAUAGAAGGUUACGGGAAUGAUGUCAUUUUUUCAGAUGAUCAAAUGCUUGACUGGAAUGACAGGCUAUACCUUAUAAUCAGUCCUCAAGACAAGAGGCUCCUCAAAUUCUGGCCUCUAAAUCCUGCAACUUUUAGGGAAACAUUGUUUGAAUACACUAAAAAGUUGCAGCUGUUAGCUGAGAUUGUCCUCAAGGCCAUGGCAAUGUCAUUGAACUUGGAAGAAAAUUGCUUUUUAGAUCAAUGCGGAGAAAACCCAAUGAUGCGUGCACGAUUCAACUAUUAUCCUCCAUGUUCAAAGCAUCAUCAAGUUCUUGGACUAAAACCACAUUCCGAUUCAUCACUAAUCACAAUUCUACUUCAAGAUAAAGAAAUUGAAGGUCUCCAAAUCCUGAAAGACGAUGAAUGGUUUAGAGUUCCUAUCAUUCCCGAAACUCUUCUGAUUAACCUUGGAGAACAAGCAGAGCUAAUGAGCAAUGGAUUGUUUAAGAGUCCAGUACACAGGGUGGUGGUAAACCCUGACAAGGGGCGGUUUUCUCAGGCGGUAUUCUAUCAUCCUGAUCCUGAAAAAUAUAUAGAACCUGCUGAUGGACUGGUCAAUGAAACAAGGCCAAGACUAUACAACAAGGUGAAAAAUUAUUUUAGUAAUUAUGCUCGGUACUACCAGCAGAGAAAGAGAUUGGUUGAUGCUCUCAAAGUUUGACAUUUUCGAUUCCAGUGUAUGUUAUGUUUUAGCUUGUCCUUGUAGUUCGGAAAAAUUAAGGUUAUUUGGUUCUUGUCAAAUCCUCCAACAGUAAUAAUCUGUCAAACAUAAAAGCUUUGAAUUGCACAAUUUAAGAUAAUUUAUCUA